CUCCCAAAAGGAAUAACUCCGAAAACACGGAGACCGCGUCGUGGGUUUUCGUCUUCCUCACCGCCGUCUCCCUCCCCUCCUUCGCUACUGCUCCGGAGGUAAUGAUCUCGUCUCUCUCCUCUCAAUUUCGGAUCUGUUUCCAUUCGAUUCGCCGCGUCGAGAGUUCUCGUUCGAGCCUCUCCGCGGCGGGAACCGUCGGAGCUCGCGCGUAUUCUAGAGUGUACGAUUAAUUUUUGAAGUGAACAUUGGGGAAGAGAAGCGGGAAGGUAUUGAAGCCGUUGCUGUUUUGAGUUUUGGAAGUGGAUAUUUUCAUUAAGAUUCAUUGUGAAAAUUUGUCUGGAACUUUCUAUGCCUCUCUAUAAAAGGAAACCCUUUUCCCUAGCGGAGACACCACAGCAUUUGGAUCCACAAGAGCUUGUUUUCCAAGUUCGUUUUACAAAGGAGAUAUUCCAGGAUUAUCAAGAAUAUUUGAAGAGAUUUAAUCUUUACCGCCAAAGAGUCUGGACAUGUAAAGUUACUGGGAAAAGUAAUUUAACUUAUGAAGAAGCUUUGGUCUCAGAGUGCCAUGCAACGGAGAAGGUUCAACAAUUCCCGGAGGAAUUAAUGGCUCCUGUACUUCAUAUGAUCCAAUACAGUACUCUCAGUUUAAAAGAUCUUGUCAAUGAAAUUUACACUAAGUUACAAGAAUGUCUGUUUGAAGGGCUAGAAUUGCAUGGGAGGAAAGAACAGUCUUUUUGUGCAUGCAAAAUCUUAAAGAUUUUAGAUGAUGGAGACACCAUGCAAUACAAGGUCGGUUGGGUUGAUAAAGAUAAGAAAGUAACUGACACUUCAAUAAUAAAAGCUGAAGAUCUGGUACGGAAGAAACCACCAUUUAGUAGGAAUAUACUGAAAGUGUUUAUUAGAGAAUCAACUUCAAAAAGUGCCCCAUGGCUGGUUCAUGAAAAGCUCGCAAAGAAGCAUGGGAUUUCCACUGAACUUCCUGGAGAAUUGAGGGAUAAGCUUACUAUGCAAAAUUGCAAAGAACGCAAGAAUGCAAGAAGAAAAAAUAUUCGGGAUGCUGGAGAUAACAAAAUCAACAAGAAAAGGAAAGAUACUGAAAAUGAAAAUUUGGAAGGCAUGGAUAUGAUCAAAAAAAAAUUAAAGAAAGAGGAAGAAAAGACUAAAGAACAGCCUGUUAAAUACCCAAUUGAUGACCUCUUAGUGCAGCCUGCUGCUGAUGAUCCUGUUUUCGCAGAUCGCCCUACUCCGUCUACAGAUUUUCGUGUGCCUAUGGACUGUGUUGGUGACCUCCUUGUCGUUUGGGAUUUUUGCUCUUCUUUUAGGAAGUUGUUGCAUUUGUGGCCAUUUUCUCUUGAGGAUUUUGAAAAUGCAAUCUGCCACAAGGACAGUGAUCUUAUGCUUAUUGUGGCAUUGCAUUCUGCAAUUGUCCGCUUGCUUAUUAAAGAUGAAAGUGACUAUUUCAUGGCCAUACAGAACAAAAAGCGGAAAUCAAAGAUUACAUUAACCAACUGGACUGAAUAUUUAUGUGACUUCUUGGAGAUGGAAGAUAGAGUAGGAUUAUCAAGCCAUGUGACAACUAUAAAACGGGGCCAUUAUGGUCUUCUUGACAUCAAUAUAAAACUGGGAAUUCUCCGAGAAUUGAUUUCAGAAGUUCUUUCAACUGAUGCUGUUAGAGAUAGGUUAGAUGACUGCAUUGAACAGCAGCAGGUGCUUGCAGCCACAAGAAGAGCGGAAGCUAGAAAGAAGAAAGAAGAGCAGCAUAUGAAAAGAGAAGAGACUGACGUUAAAGAAAUGGAUCAGGGACACAUUAUGGAGAAUGGCAAAGAAAACUCAUGCAUUUCUGUUUUACAGCGGCGAACUAAGAAGGUUCAUUCAUCUAAGAACAACCACAUUUCAGAAAAUUGGGAAACUUCAAAUAAGAUGAGGAUGGAUGGUGGAGGUGGCAUGGAGAGAGUAAAGUAUUUGUCUGCUACCAUGGAUAAUAUGAAGGAGCAGAGAAGACGGAAGGAUAAAGAGAUGGAGAAGAAACCUGAAGAAGACCGGGAACAGCAUCUUGAAAGGGAGAUAGAGAAAUUAUCCAUACGUACUACAUCAUUAGGCAAAGAUCGAAACUACAAUAGGUAUUGGUUCUUCAGGCAUGAAGGAAGACUUUUUGUUGAAAGUUCAGACCAUAAGCUGUGGGGCUACUAUAGUACCAAGGAUGAGCUUGAUGCACUUAUGGGCUCCCUAAAUCCAAAAGGCGAGAGGGAGAGAGCCCUUCAGAGACAGUUGGAGAAGUUCUAUCAUAGAAUAAGUACGGCAUUACAGAAGAGAUCAAAAGAUGUUGCUCAAAAAAUCUUGCUUGAGGAGGCUGUACUCAGGCGGUCGACACGUGUUCGGGCCCAACCGAGGGAUAGCCCAGCUAUGGCAUUCCUCAGGUAUGUUAACAAGUGGAAGGAGAAUUGAUAUACCAAAUGAUCACAUGUAGGGGAUUAUAUUGUGAUUUCUUUUGCUGUGCCAUAUCCCUCGAGCAAUAUGUGGAUGAUAUGCCAUUUAUCUCAAGGCCUUGGUACAGAAGCAAAAGAUAGCGAAGCCUAAUGUUCUAAAGAAAACUCAGCCUAGAAGACUUACAUUAUGUGCUCUGAGCCUUCAAGCUCAUCUCAUUUUUGAACUGCCUUGUUGGAUGUUAUAUGAUUUCAUGGUGUAUAUGACAUGGAUAUUAUUAAUGCAAUCAAUUGCAAUUUUAUUUA